UUGGCAACGGUGUGGGCGCUUGCGUCUCUGAGGAGGCCGAAGAGCCUGGGGGUUUGAUUUUGAUGGGGGAAGAGAUCCCCAGGAAAUCGAUACUUUACCAUGUGGAGAUGAAUCAUUUGUGUUUGAGAGCAGCAGAACUAGGGACGGAUCUGUCAGGCGCUCUGUAAACCAGUCACUCCUGACCCAUUGCUCUCACCCACCUCCACAGACUCACUGUAGCUAUGUCAUUCAGGAGGCAAGUGAAGAACUUCGUGAAAAAUUACUCAGAGGCUGAAAAAAAAGUCAGGGAAGCAACUUCCAAUGACCCCUGGGGCCCCUCUAGCUCUCUGAUGUUAGCUAUCAGUGACAUGACUUUCAAUGCGGCCUCCCUCUCGGAGAUCAUGCACAUGCUAUGGCAGCGACUCAGCGACCAUGGGAAGAACUGGCGCCACGUGUACAAGUCCCUCGCCCUGAUGGACUACCUCAUCAAGAACGGCUCCAGGAAAGUUAUUCAGUAUUGCAGAGAGGGCGUCUGUAACCUUCAAACGCUAAAGGAUUUUCAACACAUAGAUGAAGCGGGCAAAGACCAAGGUCACUACAUCCGGGAGAGGUCGAAGCAGGUCAUAACUCUGCUGAUGGACGAGCAGCUGCUCUAUAAAGAGAGGGAAGUGGCCACAUGGACAAGGCAGCGGACCUCCUACUCCAUGUCAUUUCCCAGCAGAUUAUCUGCCACGGGGACCUCACAUACAGUGUGCACUUCCGUGCUCAUCCCAGAAAGCCUUACCUCAGAGAAGAAGCACUCACAAGACUGCAAGAAGACUGCAGGUCUCUGCAAUAAAAAAAGCACAUCCAAGGCCAGGCUGAGGCUGGAGCAGUGCCAGGACGUGCCCUCACCUGCUGGGACCUCUCUGCCCCUGUACUUCCCUUCACUCGGGAUGAAGGCAUGGAAAUCUACAGAGGACCUAACACUGUUGUACUCCUAUGAGCAUCCGAAGCAACCUGUGACAAGGUUACCUCCUUCCUUUACCUCUCCUGCUUCCUGGCUGUCAGAAGGGGAAACGGAAAUCUGCAAUCUCUGGGACACAGAAGCUGUGUCUACUCCCCCAGAAAAAAGCCCAUCGAUGCAAACAAGUGUAAGUUUAGGCAAGAAAUUGGAGAGUGCCAUUGCAAAUACUAUCACAGAAAGUCCCCCACAAACUCCUCAGGAAAAGCAGAUGGCUGCAAAAAGCUUUGAAAUGCCGACACCUUUACCAGCAUUCUGGCCAUCAGGUAAAGAUGAGUUCGUCAGCCUGGCUUUGCGGAUGUCCAAGUCUGAGUCCAUAUUCCACACCCAGUCCUCUGUGGAAACACUCUACGUCUCACCCAGAUUCAAAACCAUUAGCCCACUGAACGAGACCAGUCAGGACCUCCAGACACCUGCACAGUUCAGCAUCUGCCAGAUGGAAGACAUGUGUCUCAAGCCUUUAGCCAUGCGGGGUGAGUGGACCCCGAAACAAGCCAGUGAGGCAGUCUCCGCCACCUCAGAGGUCACAUCUUCCUUUUCUACUCUGUCUAUAUCGCCUCCUGACUUGGCCCAUCCAGAGAAGUCAGCCCGGUGCUUUAUCCCGGUUAUGGCCAGCUCUUCCUUCUGGACUCUGCCCCAGCCACAGUCACCUUCUGACCCCUUCACAGACCAAAACGAGGCAGUCAGGGUCCGUCACCCCUUUGCUCCCACGAGCACAGCAUCUUCAGAUGAUGAGGAGUGCCCCACUCUUCCAGAUAACUCCGAUUCAACCAUGAAGGAGCCAAGUUACAGCUUCAGCAGCGGCCGGGGAGCAUUUUCCACCCUAACUAGAGCACCCUUUCCGGGGCUGCCCCAGGCGAGCUUUCGCUUUCAGGAAAGCGCAGGCUUGUCCAGGGACUCGGAGUCCCGGGCCAUCCGCACUCUGCUAGGUGAGGUGAAGAGUGCUGUAGUUCAGCUCCAUCAUGACCUGAGCCUGGUGAUCCAGGAACUUGGUGUCAUCAACAACCACCUAGGCAACCUGAGUGGCAGCAGCCCAACAGUCAGUGAGACCCUGCAGGACCCCCAGUCUCCCAGGGGGAGCCCAGACCCUAUCUAGUCACCUAGCCAUUUUGCUGGAGCCCCAUGGUUCUGCUGCCCACAGACCUAGGGGGUUCCUUGCUGUUGCUGUGGAGACAAGAAGGCAAUGACUUAAUGUUUCAUUGUCAAGUUCAUUAGCACCGCCUUUCAAACUGACAAAGCCAUGUGGGGCUAGAUUUUUCUAAGAAGUCACUUUUGAUCAUUUUAGGUGUAGCUAUUGGUCCCUUUGAAACUGAAGGGUAUUUCUGUCAUUCUUUACAUUUCUGAACUUUAUCCCUAGUGAAGUAAGCCUUAGUGCAGGUCUUGGGGAGACUCUAAAGUGCAAAUAGCUGUUGGAGGGCUUUUGGGUGAGCAAGUGAACCAGGAAAGACCCUGGCUCCCCACCCCCAGCACCUCCCCCUCCCCAGGGCUGAUGUGGAGCUGCCAACAGGCUUCUGCCUGAUCUCUAGCCUUUCAAAUUGAAGCCCCACAAAUCAAGGGCCUGAAGUCUCCUCAGCUGCCACAGGGUCAGGAGUGAGGCUGAGGCAGGUAGGAUGACAAUUGCGUGUUUUUUAUUUCGAUUUCCAGAAAG